ACAGAGACAGAGUGGAAACCUCAUGUCAAGUCUCCUUCUGACCCUCAGAGCACCAGCAUUUUAAACAGCUUCUCUUAUUCAUUGUUUCCCGGCCACACACUGGGCUCUCUGUCUCCAGAUAACGAUGUCGAUGGCAGUCAUUCUUCUCAAUAUCUGAUUCCCAGGAACGAAAAGUUGGCCUCAUCACUACUACUCAAGUUUUGGAGUCUGGGGAAUAGUGACACAUGGACACUGCAAAGUCGCACACUUGUCAUUGAGAAACUUUUUUUUGUGCCACAAAAAUCCGGCUUUUCAAGCAAUUCUAUAUAUAUUUUUCGGUAUUGCAGUAUAUAUAUUUUUUCAUCAAGGAUGCUCGUCUUUGCAUGGAAUAGAUGCUGUGUUGUGAUGUUUCUCGUCGCUGCGCUGAGGACCGGGACGUCCCAGGUAUCAGAGACGCGCCCGAAGGCGAACUCCAUCAAGCCGGGUUCGGUGGAUGAGGCACCGACUACCGCUACGAACCGGUCCUCCGCUGUGCACAUCGGGAUCACAAAGAAACAUCACAUCCUCACGCAGCAGGUGUAUCCGUGCAGCAGUGACCAGGAGUGCACAGUGGGCAGCUACUGUCACAGCCCUCAACAGGCUCCCUCACGCUGCCUCACCUGCCGCAGAAGGAAGAAGCGCUGCCAUCGGGACGCCAUGUGCUGUCGGGGGAACCGCUGCAGCAACUAUAUUUGUGUCCCCAUCUCAGAGAGUGUGCUCUCACCUCACAUCUCAGCGUUAGACGAGCACUACAAACACUCCACUAAAGACCACAACUGGAAGAAGAGCAGCAAAGCACAAGCCAAGCAUUCUCUGAAAAGGCACGAGGGUGACUCCUGCCUGCGCUCAUCCGACUGCUCCGAGGGCUACUGCUGCGCCCGCCAUUUCUGGACCAAAAUCUGCAAGCCGGUGCUGAUGCAGGGAGAGGUGUGCACUAAGCAGAGGAAGAAAGGCGCUCACGGCUUGGAGAUCUUCCAGCGCUGUGACUGCGCCAAGGGCCUCUCUUGCAAGGUGUGGAAAGACGCCACUCCCUCGUCCAAGUCCAGGCUCCACAUGUGCCAGAAGAUCUGAAGCGGAGGCAGCUGCUGUCGGCAUAGAAGCCUCCGUCUCCAUCUGCCAGGGAAGUUUUUUUAAAAUAUGGGUUGUGGCUGUAUUGAAAAGGAGCAAAAGACAGAGACUAACAAGAGACAGAACAGACUGUGUGGGUUCAAGCCCGCUACUCAGCAAGCGCAGAGAGAAUGGGAAUGCUUUAAUGUGUCUGCUGUGAGUGUUCCAUCCUUGUAACCACGUGCGGUACAAACAGGCACCAUCACACACACACACACACCAUCACACACACACACACACACACACAGCUUGAGAUCAAUGAGCUCAUGGUGUGUUUGCUCACAGUAACAGCAAACCUUUCUACACAUUCUCGUUGACAUUCAGGGAGCCACAGAGUUAGCCAGUAGAUGCUGUGAUAGGUGGUGUUUCAAGAUGGAGGCAGUAGACGUAGCAAUUUCAUUGAGCUUCAGCUUAUACUAAUAAGAGAGGUAGACUAUUUACAUAGAAGACAUAUUUUUUACUGCACAGUACAUUCUUUACCAAAGUCCAAGAUUGAAGUUUAUAUCAGACGGUUAAUAUCCUGCGUUUCACUGCAGGAUCUGAGUUUUUUUAAUCCUUUGUCUCAAUCAGAAUCUCGCAACCAGUAACAAUGUCCAGACCCCAUAAAUACCGGUCAUAUCAUAUGAGGAACUAAUUGCAUACACUGUUCACUCCGGCUUGACUUGUGUGAAGAAUGGAAGAACAUUACAUCGCAGUGAUGGGUUUCAUCUGGGGCAUUAGCUCCACGCCCCUAAUUCUAGCCACAAGAAGAGCGAUAACGUUCUGUGUCCGUUGUGGAAAGUGCUUUUGAUCCAUCAGAUACAGCUGCAAUCUAUUGUGAUACAACUGUGGGGGUUAAAACAGUUCACGCCGAGGUAGUGCUCUGCUGCAGACUCGGUGGUACCGGUAUCAGCAAGGAAUGGUUCUGCUUUUCCAAUCACAUGAUUCAAGGAUACAAUGGAAGUGCAAUUUUUUCCGUUUACAAAGCCAGUAGGAAAGGACACGUGCAGAUUGAUUUGAUUUACAAACAUGCUUCAUAAACCUGACGUUUUCAAAGAGAAUUACAGGAUGAAUCAACAUUCUGUGUAUUGUUCUGUUUUUUCAAAUAUGACUUGCAUACUUUCUUCUUACGAAAUACUGUUCAAUUGGAAAAACUUAGCUGGCGGUGAAGCAAUGCUUCUGUCGGUACCACUCCUUCAAACAACCUACAUAGUCAACAUUAUAUCACAUACGCCUCCUUUUGCUUUAGUGCUGUUUGAGCAUCAAAUCCACAUAUUUUGUAACCAUUUGAAAUAUCAAUAAGCUCUUAUAUUGUAAAUAGAUUGGAAACAAUGAAAAUGUAUUUAAGAAUUGAUGUAUAUCAUGUACAUAUAAUAAAAAAAAUAUGAAUCCUGAACAUUACAGCAAAAAUGAUCUAGGUGAGAAGAGUAAAGGGAAGAGACAGGACAAGUCGGACAGAUUCAAGAUAAUUUAGUCAUGAUAAAAGCUGUGUAUAGAGAUUAAAGGCGUGGGUAGCUUUAACUGAUGCAUUAAAAGGAUAGUGCCUUUAGACAAUGAAAAGCAUAUUCAUUUCCAAAAUAGUCUGUGUAAAUGGUUUCAAGAAUUUUUCUCCCACUAAAUAUUGUUUGUGUGAAUACUUCCCAUGAUUUUUUUUUUUUUGUGUAUUUACAAUGAUGAAUGAA